AUGGGAUAUGUACAGCUUGUCAUUGGGCUUGCAAGCAGUGGAAAGUCAACAUAUUGUAACAACCUACAUCAACAUUGUGAAAGUAUUGGUCGAACAGUGAACAUUGUGAACUUUGAUCCGACUGUAGAAAAUUUUGAUUAUCUAGUUUCUAUAGAUAUUAGGGAUCUGUUUUCCUUGGAAGAUGUCAUGGAGGAGAUGAUUAUUGCAGAAAGAGUGGCAAAGAGCACUGUGGAAGACUAUGAUACAUACUCUUGCAAAGGAUAUGCAUAUCAUUUAACAAGAGAUGCACCUAGCGCGAGUGCAGUGUCGUGCGAUCCAGGCUUUGGUAGUGCAAUCAAAGACAAGGGAAAGAGAAUUGUUGGCUUCGCAUCCUUGUUGACUGCACCCACUAUACAUGAAGAAGCAGCAGAGAUGCCUCAGGUUGUCUACGAAAAUAUUGAUGACAUCCCUGCUCUAGCAAAGACAUAUUCCAAGACUCCUCCCCAACUUAAGAGAAAACGUGGAGAUGAGGACCUUUCAGAGCUGAGGAGUGUUGUGAAGAGCAUUGAUUUUGAUGAUCCAUCAGUAGUUUAG